ACAUUGCAACAAUUUAAAAUCAGACAGGAGAAACAAAACGUCACCAUGCCGAAGACGCUACAGAAAGUACACAAGCACAUUGCGAAGAAGAGAGGAGCGGUUGAGGCUCUUCACGAGUUCAGCAGAGAUGCCAGAAGAUUACGCCGCGCCACCGCUAGAGAUGACCGAGUCGCUCGAGUGUCCGCCAAUAUGUCGCGGGGCAGACAAACCUAUGUCGACCGCAUUGCAUACUUCUACGAGACCCUGCCCGUGGAUGCGACACCCAUGUCGGAAGACGAGAUGAAGGAUAUCGUGGUGAGGUAUAUCAACCGUAGUGUGCCCGAAAUCGAGCAGUUACAGAGCGAGAGACGGAAAGGCAGACCCCCAAGCAAGCGGGAAGAAGCGCUGCUGCAGCGAACCGAUGUCGAGAACAAGGAGUUUAAGACGGGAUUUUGGUUGCCUGACCUCAGUGAGCAGGGUGUGAUCAACUCGCUUAGGGCUUGGAAUGGCGAUUGGUCUGGCUUGAGCACGAUGAAGUUCAUCCGGAUCACUAAGGAUGGAGGCAAGCAGCCUUCAGUAUUUCCCCCCAAGGGAAUGUCUUGAAAGAUUUUGUUCGUCUUCUGUGUUCCGAGUUGCAAAAAGUUGGGUGCUUUGUCGCGGGAAUCUCAUGGGACUAUGGCGUUAUGAUUGCAUAUAAUUCACAUGUACAC